CAAACAACCGUCAUAUCUCGUGCCAAUUUAAGACACCACUUGGCAAAGUAAUCGCCAAGUGAAUUUUUGUUGAUUAUUUUGAAUUCUUAUUUUGCGAAAAAUACUUUCGAUAGGAAAACGAUAAUUAUCCUGCAUAUCGGAUAAUCCAGGGAAGCACGAAAGUGGUCACUCACCAGGAUGAUCAUCAACUGGAUAUUCUUGGUAGUACUCGUUGCUCCCUGUUUUUCUCUAGAGAAUGACCUUGCCAGGACUCCUCCCAUGGGAUGGUUGGCGUGGGAAAGAUUUAGGUGCAACACCGACUGCAAGAAUGAUCCUGAUAAUUGUAUAAGCGAUCAGCUCUUCAGGACCAUGGCGGAUAUCCUGGUGACAGAGGGCUAUGCCGAUCUCGGUUACGAGUACGUCAAUAUCGACGACUGCUGGUCGGAAAAGUACCGGGACACAGGCAAUAAUCUCGUUCCAGAUCGCAACAGAUUCCCCUAUGGUCUCAAGGAUCUCGGUGAUUAUAUUCACUCGAAUGGACUCAAGUUCGGUAUUUACGGGGACUAUGGCAAUUACACUUGUGGCGGAUAUCCCGGGAGUAUUGCACAUAUGGAGAGAGAUGCAAGCAUGUUCGCAUCGUGGGAAGUUGAUUAUGUCAAAUUAGAUGGAUGUUAUGCCGAUGCGUUUGACAUGGACAAAGGUUAUCCUGAAUUCGGAUAUUUCAUGAAUCGCACUGGACGAAAUAUGGUUUAUUCCUGCAGCUGGCCAGUUUAUCAAAUUUAUGCAGGAAUAAAUCCAAAUUGGACGAGUAUAAUCAAGCACUGCAAUCUGUGGAGAAACUACAAUGACAUUCAGGACUCCUGGUCGAGCAUCGAGACGAUAAUUGACUACUAUGGUGAUAAUCAGGACAGUAUCGUGCCAAAUGCCGGUCCAGGCCACUGGAAUGACCCGGACAUGCUGAUAAUUGGAAAUUUCGGGCUGAGUUACGAGCAGAGUAAAACGCAGAUGGCCCUCUGGGCGAUCUUUGCGGCACCACUGCUGAUGUCAGUGGAUCUGAGAACAAUCAGGCCAGAAUUCAAAGCGAUCCUGCAAAACAGGAAAAUUAUCGCUGUGAACCAGGAUCCUUUGGGUAUCCAAGGACGGAGGAUCUACAAGCACAAAGGCAUCGAAAUUUGGGCUAGGCCAAUAACUCCAGUAGAGCAGAAUUAUUACUCUUACGCUAUUGCAUUCGUGAAUAGAAGAACUGAUGGCACACCCUCGGAUGUGUCGGUUACGCUGGAGCAAUUGGGAUUACAGUACAAGAAAGGUUACAAAGUUGAGGAUCUGUAUGAGGACGUAUACUACGGUGUUCUUGAACCCAAGAGGAAAAUCAAGGUCAAAGUGAAUCCCUCAGGUGUCGUGAUCCUUCGUUGUGAUAUCAAGGUGGAGACGACACCCACACGUAACCAGUAUUCCCAAUUCUCGCCACUCAAUCAUGUGUUCCAAGUUAGACAGAACUCCUUUGAGUAGAUAGUUACGUUAUUUUCUAUUGUUUAUUACGUUUUUUUGCCAAUUAAGCAGUGAUUUAAUAUUUCCAUCUUAAUGAUUAACGAUGAAUUGAUUGAAUGUUACCGAUGAAUUUGUACGCAGCUGUAGAACUAUGAAAUUAAAUCGAACAAACAGAA